AUGUCAUCCGACCAGUUCAAAUCAUCGGCGGCGUUAUUGUUGCUUCCGCCGCCACCAGCAUUCUCAUUCGAGCGGGUAAAGGAAGCGUUUGAGCCCACGGUCUCCGAUGUGUUGACGAAGUUGUCAGAGUCCGUACGGGGCACCAACAAGAUUGCCUCAAUCGACAUUGCCCUGACUAUUCCAGAUCUUCAGUCACCAUCUUGCCGACCUAUUGGCAAGGUCUUCGCGCAGCUGCAGCAGUACCUCACUAGCAUCUAUACCCUUAUCGGCGCUAUUGCGGCAGCUCGUGAUAUCGAGUUGGACUCCCCCGGUGGCAUCGAUACUCGCGUACUAUUUCUUGACCCCUCCACUUCUGCUCAGGCAGUUGACUCCCAGACCUGCGUCGGCGACUUGGGAUUCGGACCAGUCGUCGGCCUUCAUUCUCUGGCAACCUCGGGCCGACAGUGGGACCAUUUGUGGUAUCCCAACAACGAGGCGGGCAGGACACUGACCGAUUCAUUUGUUCAGAGUACAGAGGGACAUCGCAAGGGUUAUGCUGAAUCAAUUAAGCAGGCGGUUGCCAGCAAUCCCGGUUGGGCUGUACCUCGGCCGCUGUUAGUCCCGGAGCAGGCACCUUCGGUACCCCACUAUUCAGUGAUCGUGGGAGGAACCUUUGACCAUCUGCAUCUCGGCCACAAACUUCUUCUCACAGCUCUUGCGCUUACUUUGGAACCGCCAAACUCGGAAGACAAGGACCAACCGAGGCUGCUGGCUGUGGGUGUCACGGGAGACGCACUGCUGGUAAACAAGAAGUAUGCGGAGUUCCUCGAGAGCUGGGAAGACCGUUUCCAGAACACAGCUGCUUUCCUUAGAGCCAUCAUGGACAUAUCUGGAAACACUACCCCGCGUCUCGAUCGCACCACUGCACCUGGCCCUAAUGGAAACUUCGUGGUCAUGACAGUGCAACCCAACCUUGCAUUCAAGCUCACGGAAAUCUGGGACCCGUACGGCCCCACGAUUACCGAGGAAAAUAUCUCGGCGAUUGUCGUGUCCAAGGAAACAUCUUCCGGGGGGAAGGCCGUCAAUGACGAGCGGGCCAAAAAGGGUUGGAAAGGUCUGGCCAUCUUCGAGGUGGACGUACUUCAGGCUGGGGAGGCUACAGACGUCACCAACAGCAACUUCGAUGGGAAGAUCAGCAGCACAGACAUCAGACGGCGACGAAUGAACCUGGCCAAGGUGUGA